AUGCGGGUCAAUAUGAGUAUGGCAAUCGUCGAUAUGACGGAUGUUACCAAAGAAGACCACUUCGAUUGGAGCUACAGUGUUCAAUCAACGAUUCUGUCUUCAUUCUUCUGGGGUUACGUCACACUUAUGCUGCCGUCGGGCGAGCUAGCGAAGAGAUUUGGUGGCAAGUGCCUCCUAACCAUCUCGAUUUCCAUUAAUUCAUUGAUAUCUGUAUUGCUGCCCACCGGUGCAUAUCUGCACUUCGAUUGGAGCUACGGUGUUCAAUCAACGAUUCUGUCUUCAUUCUUCUGGGGUUACGUCACCCUUACGCUGCUAUCUGGCGAGCUGGUGAAGAGAUUUGGUGGCAAGUGCCUCUUCACCAUCUCAGUUUCCGUGAAUUCAUUGGUGUCUCUAUUGCUGCCCACUGGCGCAUACCUUGGAGGCUGGCAAUUCGUAUGCGCCUGUCGUGUGCUCCAAGGAUUGACGCAGUCGUUCAUUUUUCCGGCAACAAACCAUAUUGUAAGCCAGUGGGUACCUUUAGAAGAAAAAGGCCGCCUAAGUACACUUCUCUACAGCGGAAGCCAGCUUGGUGUCGCACUACAGCUCCUAAUAUCGGGAUUCUUAGCGUCAGCGUGGGGUUGGAAAGCGAUAUUUUACGUAAACGGUCUGCUUGGAGUUUUAUGGACGAUUACUUACUUAUUCUUCGGUUCGGCGUCGCCUGAACAAUCCAAAAGAAUGUCUCAAGAAGAAUUGAGAUACAUCCAGAAAUCUUUAGGACGCGUUGGGGAGCAAAAGAAAUAUAAGACACCGUUGACGAAGAUCAUAACGUGCCUUCCAUUUUGGGCGGCUGUGGUGAGCCAUUGUGGGCAAAACUGGGGAUUCUUCACCCUGAUGACGGAGAUGCCAACAUACAUGGCAAAAGUUCUGGACGUGAAUUUAACACAAAAUGGCGUGCUUUCAUCCCUCCCAUAUCUGGCGAUGUGCUUGUUAAGUUUUCCAGUGGGAGCAAUGACCGAUUUGCUAGUGAGGCGGAAAUGGCUCAGCAUUACUAAUACAAGGAAGUUGUCCAACUCCAUAGGUUUCUGGGGACCUGCAUUAGCCUUGAUCGGGUUAUCAUAUACACCAGAAGGGAAUAUGAUAGUGGCAGUGAUUAUGCUGACGGUAACAGUUGGUAUCAAUGCUGGCUGCUACGCCGGUUUCACACUGGUUCUAGUCGACUUAGCGCCAAACUUCAGUUCUUCGCUUACGGCCAUUUCGAAUUUCUUCGCCAGCAUUGUAUCUAUUGUCGCGCCUCUGGUUUGCGGUAUAAUUAUUAGGGACGAGCCUGCCCGAUCGGUGGAAGCUUCUUCGUUGCCCUACCAUAAAACAAAGGAGAAGACCGGUGGUGCAGAA